AUGGCAGAGGAUUUGAGCAAACCACUGCUGCUAGCACCUGAAAGUUUUAGCAGAGAUGGGAUUGAUCUGGAGCGUAUACCAAUAGAAGAAGUGUUUGAGCAGCUGAAAACAUCUCAAGCUGGACUUUCAUCUGAAGAUGCAGACGCUCGAUUGCACAUCUUUGGCUUGAAUAAGCUUGAAGAGAAGCGAGAGAACAAGAUUUUGAAGUUUCUCAGUUUCAUGUGGAAUCCUUUGUCAUGGGUGAUGGAAGCUGCAGCCGUGAUGGCAAUUGUUCUUGCAAAUGGCGGAGGCCAGGGUCCUGACUGGCAGGACUUUGUUGGGAUUAUUUGCUUGUUACUGAUCAAUUCAACAAUCAGCUUCAUAGAAGAAAACAAUGCAGGAAAUGCAGCUGCAGCCCUCAUGGAGCAUUUAGCUCCAAAAGCCAAGGUCCUAAGGGAUGCAAUAUGGCAAGAGAAAGAUGCAGCUAUUUUAGUUCCAGGUGACAUUAUAAGCAUUAAGUUGGGUGAUAUCAUACCUGCUGAUGCUCGUCUCCUUGAGGGAGAUCCCUUGAAAAUUGACCAGUCAGCUCUAACCGGAGAAUCCCUGCCUGUAACCAAAAAAACUGGUGACGAAGUUUAUUCGGGCUCCACAUGCAAACAAGGAGAAAUUGAAGCUGUGGUGAUAGCUACAGGAAUCCAGUCCUUUUUCGGAAAAGCUGCACACUUGGUCGACUCUACUGAAGUUAUCGGUCAUUUCCAGAAGGUUCUUACUGCAAUUGGGAACUUCUGCAUUUGCUCCAUAGCAGCAGGAAUGAUACUGGAAAUCAUUGUGAUGUUCCCUAUACAGAAACGCUCAUAUAGGAAUGGGAUCAACAAUCUUCUUGUGCUUUUGAUCGGAGGCAUUCCUAUUGCCAUGCCGACUGUUUUAUCUGUCACACUUGCAAUUGGUUCUCAUCGUUUGUCUCAACAGGGUGCUAUAACUAAGAGGAUGACAGCAAUUGAAGAGAUGGCAGGAAUGGAUGUUCUUUGCAGUGAUAAAACUGGAACACUUACCCUGAAUCGCCUCACUGUUGAUCGGGCUCUCAUUGAGAUAAUUUGCAAAGAUAUGGACAAAGAUACGUUAAUCUUACUUGCGGCAAGAGCAGCCAGACUGGAAAAUCAGGAUGCAAUUGAUGCUGCAAUAGUUAACAUGCUUGCUGAUCCAAAGGAGGCCCGAGCAAACAUAAAGGAAGUACAUUUCCUUCCAUUUAAUCCGGUAGAUAAACGAACUGCAAUCACAUACAUUGAUUCUGAUGGUACCUGGUACCGUGCCAGCAAAGGUGCUCCUGAACAGAUAUUGCAUUUAUGCAAAGAGAAGAAAGAGAUAGAGCAGAAGGUGCAUAACAUCAUUGAUAAGUUUGCUGAGAGGGGUUUACGUUCCCUUGCAGUUGCCUUCCAGGAAGUUCCAGAAAAGUCUAAGGACAGUCCUGGAGGACCAUGGGUGUUUUGUGGAUUGCUUCCAUUGUUUGAUCCUCCAAGACACGAUAGCGCUGAGACAAUUCGAAGAGCUCUUAAUCUAGGCGUCUGUGUGAAGAUGAUCACAGGAGAUCAGUUGGCAAUUGCAAAGGAAACAGGUCGCAGACUUGGAAUGGGAACAAACAUGUACCCUUCUUCUGCAUUGUUGGGUCGUGAUAGAGAUGAAAAUGAAGCCCUUCCAGUUGAAGAGCUCAUUGAAAAAGCUGAUGGCUUUGCGGGUGUAUUCCCUGAACACAAGUACGAAAUCGUCAAAAUACUACAAGAGAAAAAGCAUGUCUGCGGGAUGACUGGGGAUGGUGUCAAUGAUGCGCCGGCCCUUAAAAAGGCAGAUAUAGGCAUUGCUGUUUCUGAUGCAACGGAUGCUGCAAGGGGAGCUGCUGAUCUUGUCUUGACAGAACCUGGUCUAAGUGUCAUCAUUAGUGCAGUAUUAACAAGCCGUUCUAUAUUCCAGCGGAUGAAAAAUUACACAAUAUAUGCAGUAUCAAUAACUAUUCGGAUUGUGCUCGGAUUUACACUUCUCACACUGAUAUGGAAAUAUGACUUCCCUCCUUUCAUGGUUCUGAUAAUAGCCAUACUCAAUGAUGGUACAAUAAUGACAAUAUCACAAGAUAGGGUGAAACCAUCUUUAGUACCUGAUAGUUGGAAGCUCAACGAGAUAUUUGCAACUGGCAUUGUCAUUGGCACUUAUCUCGCUUUAGUCACCGUCUUGUUUUACUGGACAGUAGUCAGUACUGAUUUCUUUGAGGCUCACUUCAAUGUGAAGUCUUUAACUGGACAUAACGAAGAAAUCACAUCAGCAAUAUACCUGCAAGUGAGUAUAAUCAGCCAGGCCCUAAUAUUUGUGACUCGCAGCCAGAGCUGGUCAUUCCUGGAGAGACCUGGGGUGCUUUUGAUAUGUGCAUUCGUGGUAGCUCAACUUGUAGCCACAUUGAUCUCAGUCUAUGCAAACAUCAGCUUUGCUUCCUUCAGUGGCAUUGGAUGGGGCUGGGCUGGUGUCAUAUGGUUGUACAGUCUCAUUUUUUACAUACCCCUAGAUGUCAUCAAAUUCGCCGUGCGCUACGCCCUAAGUGGAGAUGCCUGGAAUCUGGUCUUUGAUAGGAAGACAGCUUUUACAUCUAAAAAGGAUUAUGGAAGGGAAGACCGGGAAGCACAGUGGGUGCUUUCUCAGAGGUCACUACAAGGGCUCGUUUCAUCGUCCUCACGGGAGCUAGAGUUCAAUGGAAGGAGAUCAUCUCUAAUUGCAGAUCAAGCACGGCGUCGCGCCGAGAUAGCAAGGCUUGAAGAACUGCAUACUCUGAGAGGACACGUGGAAUCAGUCGCCAGGCUCAAGAAAUUGGACCUCAGCAACAUCACAUCAUCCCACACAGUUUGA